GGGCAGGGAGGAAAAUUACCAAAAAUGCAGGGCUCGUCCCAAGGUCUGACGUAAAGAGUCGCUUUAAUAAGUCUGUAAGGUCCGGGAGAGUGACUGUCAAGUUUCAGAAUGCUGUGAGCUCCUGGAGACGCGGGAUGUUUUGGUUUUUUGUUACGAGGGUCUAAUUCUCGGUUCAAUGAAUUUAUUUGUGAAAUGUAGUAAUGAGGUGGCUUCUGUCGUGGAUUCUAACAUUCGCCAGCAUUCAUCAGGGUAUUUCCCAGAAUUCCACCACCAUGCCUCCCACGCUCACUGCAGUGGAUCCUUCUAACCGCACGCAGUACUGCAAGUGGCCCUGCAAGUGCCCCAAGAGCGACCCCCUCUGCCCGCGGGGGGUCAGCCUAAUGAUGGACGGCUGCGACUGCUGCAGGGCCUGCGCCAAGCAGGUGGGCGAGACCUGCAACGAGGCGGACACCUGCGACUACCACAAAGGCCUGUACUGCGACUACAGCGCGGACAAGCCGAGGUACGAGAAAGGAGUGUGUGCAUACAUGGUGGGCACCGGCUGUGAGCAUGAUGGUGUGAUCUACCGGAACGGACAGAGCUUCCAGCCCAGCUGUAAAUACCAGUGCCUGUGCGUGAACGGAGCCAUCGGGUGUCUGUCCCUCUGCACCGAGUCCCAGCCCCCGUGGGUGUGGUGCCCGGCGCCCAGGAGGGUCAAGCUUCGGGGCCGCUGCUGCGAACAGUGGAUCUGCGAUGAGCCCAGGAAGAUUCGAAAGGCCAUACCCAGGCACGCCGUGGAAGUGUACCCAAAUGACAAUGAAGUCUGGGACAAGAACUGUGUGACGCAGACUACGUCCUGGAGCCCCUGCUCUAAGACCUGUGGCCAGGGGCUGUCCAUGCGCAUCUCCAAUGACAACACCCAGUGUGAGAUGGUGAAGGAGACUCGUCUGUGCAACCUACGCCCCUGCGACAUCGACAUUACCAAGCACAUCAAGCCUGGAAAGAAAUGUCUGAACAUUUACAGAGAGGAGCAGAGCCAAAAUUUCACCAUAUCAGGCUGUGUGAGUACCAGGCCGUACAGGCCAAAGUACUGCGGGGUCUGCACAGACGAACGCUGCUGCAUCCCCUACAAGUCCAAGACCAUCCUAGUGGACUUCCGGUGUCCCAACGGAGCCAUGCUCUCCUGGCAGGUCAUGUGGAUCAACGCCUGCUUCUGCAACCUCAGCUGCCGCAACCCCAACGACAUCUUCGCUGACCUGGAGCGCUACUAUGACUUCCCUGAGAUUUUCAAUUAAGAAGACAAACUUGUUUCAUUGACCCAAAUUGCAAUACAUAUAGAUCCAUAAGUCAGCUUUCUAACUCAAAGAUCGUUUUGUGUUCAAGCCAUGAUUGGCAACUGAAAAUUUCUGACCUUUAAAUUUGUUAUAUUUUUAUUCUUUGCACCUGAACGUUUUGGAAAAAAAGGAUGCACAUCUGUCAUCCAUAAAAUAUUAUUUUUCCUAUUGGAAAUAAACUUAUAUUUGUUUAUGAAAUAGUAGUAAACCAAAAUAAUGUUUAUGUUAAUAAAGAGUACAGCAGAAUUAUACUGAAUCCAUAAAAAAAAUGACUCAUUGCAGUUAUGUUACAAUUUGACUUUUUCUGUUACAAAACCACAAAAUGAAGAUCAAUAAAAAUAUAAAAA